ACUCCCUGCCUGCCUCUUUGUCAGCGCUGGUCAUCUGUUGUUGUCUUGGACACCACUGCACAGGUAAGAGAUCCCAUGACCCCAAGUGACCCUGUCCCACCCUCGCUCACUCCUCCAUCUCUAGGCCACCAUAGAAGCCAUGGGUCCAUCCUCUAUAAACAGGGGACAGAGUUUACUGUCCUGCCUCCACCCCCUCAGGCCGAGGAGUCUAUACCUCACAUCCCUGUUUCUCAAAGGCCUGGAGCACAGAUCCCAACAUCAUCUGACCCAUGGUCCAAGGAUCCCAUGGCCUUUCCCCUGUAACCCUCAGCCCUUCACUCUGUAGGACUCAGAGCCCAGUAGCUUCCUUUCGGGGCCUUGGAGUCUUCCUCGAAGACUUCCUCUAACUCAGCUUGGGUCCCGGCAUCUUGGGUCCUGAUGUCUUAAGAGUCCUGGGAGGAGAAGGUCACCCCAUGUCCCCUUGGCCAUCUGAUACCUUCUGAAGGUAGAAUCUAAUAUUUGUGGGGCCAUGGUAUCAUUGUGUCCCAAGUUUUCAGGGACCCCACUGGGAAAUGCACUACCACUCUCGAAUCCCUGAACUCCCGUAACCUUAGUGACCACAGUUAUCAGCCCACACCAGGGACUUGCAAUUGGGUUUUGCUGGAGUCCCUGGACAGACCUGGUCCUUCUGGAAGCCAGGGAGUGUGGCCCCUGGGAGUGUGUGUGACUCCAGCAUGCUUUGGCUUUAACCUUUUCCUACCUACUCCUUCCACAGCUAUAGAGUUCUCUGAGCCAUGCAGCCCUUCCGCCCCAUCUUCCUACUCUUCCUCCUUGGUUGUUUGGGUGCCAAUGCGGCUCCCUCAGCCUCUCUGCCUGUGGGCUCCGACCCCCAGGGGACGGUCCAGCCCUCUAGGAUGCCCAUUGGUGCCCUAGAUAAUUCUCCUGGAGAUGGGCCCACCCUGGGACACCCUGCAACAGUUCUUCCUGAGCCCUCCAAGUCACCCUCAGCUUCCCCUCAUAUUUCCAGGAAAAACUUAAGUGAGACCCCCAGCCCCAGCCUCUCAGAUUCUCCAGAGACCCUCAUGCCUGUCCAGCUCACAACCUCAGGCACAGAAUCCCAGGAUGCCUCACAAACAAACCCCUCCAAAACAAUACUGCCAGAAUCUUCUGAGACCCCCAAACCUGACCUGACUGCAAUUUCCCAGUCUGGGUUUCUUGAAACCCAAAACCCUGAUCCCUUCACAGCCUCACCCCCAGAAUCUCCUGACGCUGAAUAUAUUGACCCUACACCAACAGCACACCAAGACUCCCCUGAGACCCCCAAAGGACAUACCCCCCAAAUCACUCCUGGCGAAGAGCCUAAGACACCAAGUCCUGGCCCCACCCAACUCCUCGGCUCAAAAUCCCUAGAGACCUAUGACCCUGGUACCCCCAGAACCCUAAAUUCUGCCUUACUGCCAACCACUCAUCCUGACCUGACUGGAACUCCCCAGCCAGCAUCUCUCAUCACCCACAAUUCCAAUACCACUGACACCCCCCAAACACAGUUCCCCACAGCCCUCAACCAAAAGGCAACAGAGACAGCUGUGAGCUCUGACUUGGAAAUCACCACUAGUCUUCCCGCCCAACCAGCAGCAACCUUCGGGGAGGAAACAACCACACCCAGUGAGCCAGGCUUGAGUCCCAGUCCAGCAGCCCCUGCAGCCACCCAAGCUGCCACUCCUGGCCUGUCCACCUCAGAUUUCCUAGGAACCAAAGAGCUUAACGUACCCCAGAACUCGGGCCCUAAUGGUCCAGAUACCCCUCCUCCCUCGGCACGGAUUGCAGGCCCCCCAGCUGCUAUAGACAACCCCAAUCAGGUAGCCCCUGGGAUGCCACAGGCCCCUCAGAGACACAGCCGAGGAGAGACAGUCAACACUAUCAUCGUGGUGGAACGGGUGAAGGAGACUGGGGUGACUCUGGUCAGCCGCCCACGAGGCUCCAUCAGUGGAGCCCUGUGCCUGUUCUUCGCGGGGACAGGGAUGCUAAUUGGCAUCUUCCUCCUGCUGUGGUGUCUGUACCGCCGAGCCGCCAGACACAGGUCCUUUGCCCACCACCGGCUCCAGGACAGUGGAGAUGAGCCAGCUUUGCACCUGGACGCCCCGAAGGACCCCGUGGACCUCUACUUCUAUGCCCCCGACGCGUGGGUGCCCUCGCACAUCGCCACGCAGCAGCCGCCUCCCACGCCCGCACUGCCGCCCAAGCUGCCCCCUCCGCCCCGCGGGCCGCAGCGCCUGGAAGCCCUGUCCCCGGCCGCGCUGUCUCCCAACUUUGUCUGA